AUGUGCACCGCUGUAAUUGCAACGCCUUCCAGGGGAUGUCCGGGCCGCACUCAACAGGGUUCUGAGGUCAACAGUCAACAGUCAACAGUCAACAGGGCUGCACUAUUUGUGUUCAAAGCCAACAAGAACCACUUUACAUACAAAAAUACAAAUCUAGCAGAAGCCACGUUCUUGAAGACGCACGCAAUCAGCACCAUGUAUCGGUUUCCAGCUAGACCUGCGCUUGCCAAAUCUCUGAACCGGGUGCUUCUCGGAUCCAACAUCCAAACACGACAGCUAUCUAUUCAUGAAUACAUGUCGAUGGGCUUGUUGAACGAGUACGGAAUACCUACACCCAUUAGCAAAGCGGCCAAAACACCGGAAGAGGCACACAAGAUUGCCGAGAGCUUUGGUCAGUGUCACUGA